CUAUUAGUUGUUGUUCUUGGAGUUUACGUAUCGGCGUAGAGAGUGAAUUUAGUGUAAAUUGUAGCACAACAAAAUAAACAACCGCGAACAAUAUGUCUGAGGAAAAAAAGGCUGAAACUGAGCAUAUCAAUCUGAAGGUGUUGGGACAGGAUAAUGCCGUCGUUCAAUUCAAAAUCAAGAAGCAUACUCCUUUGCGCAAGCUAAUGAAUGCUUAUUGUGAUCGCGCUGGCCUUUCAAUGCAAGUGGUGCGUUUCCGUUUUGAUGGCCAGCCAAUCAACGAGAACGAUACGCCUACAUCUCUGGAAAUGGAGGAGGGCGAUACAAUUGAAGUCUAUCAGCAGCAAACUGGCGGCGGUUCUUUCAUAUCUCAGCAACAACAACAACAAUUGUAAUAUUCCAACAACAACAGCAGCAACAACAUGAAUUAUUCCAGUUUUUAACGAUACAUAACUAUAUAUAUUUUUUUGUCCCAUUGUACCGUCUCACUUCUUGAAUUGUACAAAAUGCAUGCACAUAAUAAAACGUAUUUUUAGCAAGUA